AUGUCGUCGUCGUCGUCGCCGCCGCCGCCGCCGCCGCCAACGGCCUCGAGGCUGCCGACGGCCGAGCAGUUCACGCAGGAGCAGGUCAACACGCUCGCCACGCUCGAGCGCAUCGGCGGGUCCAUCAGCCUGGUCGGCAUCGUCUGCAUCCUCGUCACCUACGGGCUGGUGCGGCGCGUGCGCAACGUGCAAAACACCUUCAUCGUCUUCGCCAGCGUCGCCAACGUCGGGGCCAGCACCGCCAGCAUUAUCGCCCUCAACGGCCUGCAGGAGGGCAAGGGCUCGGCGCUGUGCAAGACGCAGAGCUUUUUGUUUGAGAUGUUCAUGCAGUCCGACCCCUGGUGGUCCCUCGCCAUGGCCGUCAACGUCUUCCUCGUCUUCUACUACCGCGCCAGCCCCGACUCCUUCCGCCGCUGGUGGUGGGUGUACUGCCUCAUCUGCUACGGCGGGCCCUUUGUCAUCGCCCUGGGCCUCCUCCUGGUGAACCAUCCCCAGAAGGGGCCCAUAUACGGUGAAGCAACGAUCUGGUGCUGGAUAGACCCCAAGUGGGACAGCAUUCGCAUCUACACCUACUACAUGCUCAUCUGGAUCUGCAUCGUCGGGUCCAUGAUAUGCUACUUCCUCGUCGGCUACCACGUCUUUCGCUCGCGGAACCAGCUGCACAGCUUCUCCCAGUCCAAGGGCCGCGACGCCGCGACGAGCCACAUCGAUCAAAAGCCGGGCGUGGAUCAGUACAACCACGGGGCAGGGUUCUACGGAACCGUCGUCACCGAAGUCAAGGUCGUCCACACGUCCGCUUCGGCCGACAUCGCCAACAACAUCAACACCAACAGCAACAACAUCAACAAUAACCUCAUCUCCACGCCCAAAGCCGCCCGUCUCCCUGGCACUGGCGGCCGCCCGCACAACUCCUCCCUCUCUUCCUCCUCCGCCUCGCCCGAUGACGCCGCCGCCGCCGCCGCCGAGCAACCCCCCACGCGACGGGCCAUGAUGGACCAGACCGCAAACGCCGCCGCCACCGGAGCCGGAGCCGCCUCGACGACGCAGCACUACUACUCGACCGUCACAGCCGGCGUCGCGCCCGAGCGCCGCCGCUCCGGCCCCUCGCCCUACGCCCGCGUCCGCGUCGCCUCGUCGCGCCUGGCCAGCAAGUUCUUCGUCGACGACCCCAUCAAGCGCGCCUACCUGCGCACCUCGCUGCUCUUCGCCGUCAGCGUCUUCGUCACCUGGAUCCCCAGCAGCCUCAACCGCAUCAACGGCUGGCUGCACGGCGCCUCGCCCUUCCAGUACCACCUCGCCACCGCCGCCGUCCUGCCCCUCCAGGGCCUGUGGAACUUUCUCAUCUUCUUCAUCACCAGCUGGCGCGUCGUCUGGAACCAGAUAACGGGCGGUUCCGGCGUCAGCAGCAGCCGCCGCCGCGGUGCGGGGAGGUAUGGCCCCGGCGGCUCGCUGCGCUCACGCGAUGAUGGCGGCGGUGGCUACGGCGCGGGAACCAUCGUGGACAGGACGGCGGCGGAUCGGGACCAUCGCGCCGGCAGUACGCACCCGCUUAGCCAUGCGCGCAGCAAUCAGCAGUAUCCGCAUCAUCCCCGCGGCUCCGACUCGGACCUGGGCGAUCUCGAGUCCUUGACCAUGGGCAGCGAGGUCGAGUUGCGAGGCCUGCCCCAGGCACCGACCAAAACGUCGACGAGCCUGUAAUUUAACAUCCAGCAAGCGGCGCCAUGUUUGCAGAGAACAGGCAAGGUCCAAGGGGCUGUCUUUUGGCGUUCGUGUGUUGUGGGAAAUGGGCUAUACCCUUCUACUGUUUCGUGUGCAAAUUUAUCAUCACUCUGUUGACCCCGGGCCCAAGUGCCGUUCGAUGGUCCAACCAUUUUCUUCUCACAUAUCCGACUUUUUGAAUUUCUAAGCAGGGCUCAUUUGACUGGACGCCCACACAUGGAGUGACGUAUGGGAGAGAUUCAUGGGUUUCGGUGAAGCGAAGGAUCUGACAACAAGUAAAUACAAG